ACCCAUUUAUCAGAGGGUAUAAAACAGUCCCUCUGUCCUCUCACACAUCCACCGCUUUGUCUGCAGACCUUUCAUUUCCAUCUCUACCACCACAGCCUUUCAACUAGCAACCAUGACCCAGCUAGAGACCGCCAUGGCCAUUCUCAUGAAGACUUUUGAUACCUACGCCGGAGCGGAGGGUAGCAAAGAGUCCCUGAGCAAAGCCGAGGUCAAGACUUUGCUGGAGAAGGAGCUGCCUGGACUGCUCAAGGCGGCGAAGAACCAGGAAGAGGUUGACAAGCUCCUGAAAGCACUGGAUAUGAACGGAGACUCUGAGGUGGACUUCAGUGAGUUUGUGGUGCUGGUAGCUGCUCUCACCUGUGCCUGCCAUGACCGCUGUGGCAAGAAGUGAGCAGGACGACCGAA